GUAGAAGCAAGAAAACAAUAGCCACAGGUUUUGUUAAGGCUCUACUCCAGUCACCAUCACCAGUUACAAGUCGUGUUUACGACUUUCAUCAGUCGUUUGCUAGACACACGAGUUGAAGGUUCGCUUAACGGUUAAACUUCAGUGUUCCUUUUGCUGAAUUAACGGUCGAUUAUUAUCGCUCGAAUUUACACAGGGUAUAUCUUCAUCAGUUUGGAGUUUUGAAAUCAAUCCAAGGAUUAAGUGCGAUUCGUUGAAUAAAAUUCAAAAAAGUGACAAAAGUCACUUCAAAUUGACAAGUGAAAAAAUAAAUAUCUAAAUACUUGUGUGUUGUUCGAAAAAAAGAAGAUAUUGUGUAAAAAACAGAGCGUGCGAAUUGAGCGCAGUGCAAUAUCGUAUUACGCGAUCGCCUACGCCCGGCUUUGGAUUUGUAUUUGUAAAUAUUUUGUUGCAGUAACAACAACACCUAACAUCAACACCCCACUGUGUGCGGUGGUAUCUAAUUCAAUUCACCUGGGGCACCAGGCACCACAGAGGUACCUAGUGUAGUUGUUCCAGCACCUCGCACCUCUGCGUCUUCCCAACCGUUCGAUCGGAACGACAACGAACAUACCGCAAAUAUUUUUGGUUUUCUCCAUCCCGCAUUCGUGUGAUUAUUUACGAUCAUUUAUUUUGUAUUCAUUUUAUUUGUUUUUAUUUCAUUCGUUCAAUCUCGGGAUUGGAUUUCAAAUCCAUGUGAUUAAAUAUUCAAAAAAAUAGACAAAGGCGGGAGAGAGAGCUACGAGCGACGAGCAACGAUCAACGCAACGAACGAGGAAGUUCGAAGGAGUACCUGUUUUUCUAUUUGCUAGCUGUCAGGCACAAAUUGUCAUAAUUAUUUUUGACCUUAAGCUCUAUCUAAAUAUACCUUUAUACAUCAACAGAAUUACGUGCCAAAUCAAUUCCAUCCAAUUUUGGACUUAAAAUGCUGUGUCCGGUUGCUAAUCGUUGUGCUUUUCCAAAAUGCUUACUUCAUUCGUUUCUAAGUGCAAUGCUAUUUAUUUGAAGUGAAUCAACAACAACAACAACACAAAAAUAUAAAUCUUAUUUAUAUCUUUUUCGAUUCUUCACUGUCGUAAACGUCAAAGUGGUGGCUUUAAGUUGUGUCGAUUGAAUGCGAAGUGUUUAAGUGCGUGUUUAGAUUUUUCAAUUUGCCUCAAUCCUUUUAAGUAUAAAUAUAUUAUUAUAAUAUAUCUACCUAAUUCAAAAUAAAAUAAAUAAAUUUCCAAUAAUAGCAAUCAUGAAUAGGCAAGUAGUUAAAUUCUUAGCGAUACUCGUGGUUGUCUUUUUGUGUGCAUUCAACUUUGUUUAUGCACACGUCGCGUUAACCUAUCCACCUGCGCGAAAAUACGAUUUGGAUUUUUUAGAUAAUUCUCGAACCAAAGGACCAUGUGGAAUGCCAAAGGGAUCAAUAAGGACUUCAAUUCUUUCAGGAUCGAAAUUUAAUGUAACAUGGCAUUUAGCGUACCCACACAGAGGUGGCUUUCGGUUACAACUUCUAGACGAAUUGGACCGUCCGGUACUUGAUUUGACACCACACGUCAAUGGAUCUGAGUUCGUGAGAACAGAUGCCACAUUUUGGCGUGUUUCUAGAGCUCAAUCAUCAGAAGUUCAACUGCCAACAAAUUUCACCUGUCAUAAUUGUACCAUUCGAUUGUUGCGACAAGCUGAUGAAUGGUCAAAUGGUUAUCGCUUUUGGUCAUGUGCUGAUGUAGAUAUCAAAGAUCGCAAGACAUUCCGUCAGCUAUGCUCGGGCAAUGGAAAGUAUUUUGGAACUCGUUGCAAAUGCAAGGACACUUACUACGGAACUUAUUGUCAAUAUAAGGAUGAAUGCGUCACUAAUUCAGAUUGUGGGGCCCAGGGCAAGUGUGUUGAUCUGAAGAGUAAAUCAUUGCCCCGCAAACAGUGCUAUUGUAAUUUUGGAUGGUGGGGUAAUGGCUGUAACAAGCGAUCACCCUACAAAACUACUGACUUGGACCUCUCUAUGCAUACACGCAAAGAGCUAUCACCUGACUUCAAUAUGUACUGGAAGCUUCUCGAAGAACAAAAAGAAAUCGAAAUAGUUUUGCAAGUGAAAGGGUCAUCUUGGGUUGGUGUGGGAUGGAGACCAAGGAAUUUAACACCUGAAUGCAAGAAUUUCCCUCUCAUCAGAGAUAUUGGGGAUCUGACGACGAGUUUGGAUGGUUCAGCGUCGGCUGAACCUGAACCAUCAUCAGAACCUGAGCCCAAGUCCGAACCGGAACCAACAUCUGAACCAGAGCCAAAAUCUGAACCUGAGUCAAAGUCAGAACCAGAACCAAAAUCCGAGCCGGAACCAACGUCUGAGCCAGAACCAAAGUCCGAGCCAGAGCCUAAUUCAGAACCAGAACCAAAAUCAGAACCUGAACCGAAAUCCGAGCCUGAGCCAUCAUCCGAACCCGAACCCGUAUCAACAAGUAAGACAAAGCGUGUUGCUGGAAAUAGGGACAGUCCAAUAAUGGAUGGAGUUACCUCCGUUGCAACAAGUGUUUCAUAUCGUGUCAGUGCUCAAUCUGGACGUAGGAGAAGAGAUUUAUCAGAUGUAGACAUGGAUAACGAAUCUGAGUCGGAGCCGAUUACUGAACCAGAACCAGAACCAAAAUCUGAGCCUGAACCAAAGUCUGAACCAGAACCAAAAUCAGAGCCUGAACCAAAGUCUGAACCGGAACCGAAGUCAGAGCCUGAACCAAAGUCAGAACCGGAACCGAAGUCGGAGCCUGAACCAAAGUCUGAACCGGAACCAAAAUCUGAGCCUGAGCCAAAGUCUGAACCAGAACCAAAAUCUGAACCGGAACCAAAGUCCGAACCAGAACCAAAAUCUGAACCUCAGCCUGAACCUGAGCCUCAAUCAGAACCCGAACCAAAAUCUGAGCCAGAGCCUAAAUCAGAACCAGAACCGAAAUCCGAACCAGAACCAAAAUCAGAGCCAGAGCCGAAAUCUGAACCUGAACCAAAAUCUGAGCCCGAGCCUAAAUCUGAACCUGAACCAAAAUCAGAACCGGAACCGAAAUCCGAGCCCGAACCAAAAUCUGGAAAAAUUAUAGCCAAAACUAAUUCUGCAACUCAGUCUGAAGCUCCAUCAAAAUACAAACUUAACCCAUAUACUCCACGUCAUGACUUCAAUCCCAUGGACUGUACAGACAUUGUAAUUGGAACAGCUCGAGAAAUGACAAGUCGUGUUGGUGAUUAUUAUACAAGAGAUCGAUCCACACCAAGACUUGAUGAAUUUUGGGGUGGCGUAUCGGAUUUAACUUUAGGAACUGGCUUUGAGCUAAAUAACAUGACAACCAUAAUUUUCCGAAAGAAAUUAGAAGCAAAAGAACCAACUGAUCACACAUUAGAUGAUGAUUUAACGCAUGUUAUUUGGGCCAAGGGACAAGAGCCUGGUAGUUAUGUACAUGUGCCACCAUCUGGUCUUGAAAAAGAAGCUUCCUCUGUGAAGGAAUUUUAUCAAGCCGAUGAGUUAAAGUAUCAUGGACAUCAAAUGCAACGUGGCGUCACGCAAAUUAACUUCUUUGAAAAAGAAAAACAGCCCGUAGCUACUGGUAAUAACAUCAACAAUGAUUGUUUUGGCCACUGGAAGCAUCCACCAACUUGUUCGCCUGAGGAACACAAUUGUGAAUAUUAUGCAUCUUGGGAAUCAUUAGGAGAACAGAUGCGCUGGCACAUCGAAACAACAAAUACCCAGACAUGGACCGGAAUUGGAUUUAGUAAUGAUGAGAGUAUGUCUCAAACUGAUGCAGUUAUUGGUUGGGUCGAUAAACAGGGCAGACCGUUCUUAAUGGACACCUGGAUAAAUGGAUAUUCUUCACCGAAAUUGGAUGAUCAACAGGACAUAACUAAUACGUCGGGACGUAUUGAAAAAGGUGUAACCAUAUUGGAAUUUACAAGGAAACGUAUAACCAAGGAUGUGCAAGAUUAUUCAUUUACCGACGAAAACUGCUAUUAUCUCUUCUUCCCCGUUAUGGGAGGAGCUUUUAAUUCCGUCAACAAGAAGAUCCGAAAACACGAACAAAGACUACCAGUAUCCUCGAGUAGGAUAUGUAUUAAAUCAUGUGGAAUUGAACUUGAAAUGGCUGCAGCUGUCUCAACAACUCCAGCUCCAAAUCGCUUAAUUUAUGCUGUCGGGGUUAAACUUAUGAAUUUAGCCGAAUCCUUUGAAGCUCCACAACGUGGAACUACUGAAUUUAAUAAUUUAGCUUCGACAAUUUCUGAUUCUUUCAAAGGAAUUCUAAAUGAAAUUCCAGGCUACCAUAAGACCGAUGUUGUAAGCUUUGAAAAAGAUGGUACAACAAUGGUAGCUAAACUUCAAGCAAUUUUCGACAAAGACACUUUAGAGAAAACUGCACAAGCAGCAAACUCAAAAGACUCGGAAAAUGAUAUUGCCGAAGGACGAUCUAUUCGGGCAGCUAUAUUGGAAGGAGUUGCAUCAGGAAAAGUUGGUUCACUGACAGUUGAUCCACAGUUUUUGGACUUCGAACCAUUAGAAUACAAAAGCAAUGCACCUUCUGAAGGAGAAACAAAACUAUCUUUCUUCGAUUUAUCAGAGACACGUCUCUACAUUGUUCUAGGAUGUAUUGCUGCUCUAGUUAUAAUUGCUUUAAUACAAGCCUUCUGUACAAUAUAUAAGACCUCCAAAAAGAGCAACUCUCAAAAGAACAAUUUAAUACAAAACUCUCCUUGGAAGGACUACAGCUCCAACACAAAUUAUGCCUUCGACCCCUAUGGUGAAACAGAAGAGAAACAUCUUGGAGCAGGAAAUAAUACCACCGGAAAGGAUAAAUCCCGCCACAGGUCAUCAUCUAACAGUCAACAGACAACUCUGCAAAUGUCCCAUUCACCCACCAGUAAAUCAUCUCAAUACUACGAUGUCAACAAUGGACGUUCAUCGUCCUCACGAUAUGACACAAACGGAAAUGGUACCCACGACUAUCGCAGUAACGGGCAUCAAAGUCGUGGCCAACGAAGCAGCCAUAACCCAGCGCCAAAUGGUGAAAACUACUCCAGGUCAUCAUACGCCGAUAGAGCCUACUCGCUGCCACGUCAAGUGAUACAGCAGCAACAACAACAACAACAGCAACAGUCACAGAAUACAAUGCCAUCUGCUGGAUACUACACGCAGGAUCGUCGAAGUAGGAAUCAAUCGGAAGAUCGGCACAGAAGUCGAGACAGGGAUAGUAGUGAAGCGACUCAUGCCCGCAGUGGAUCUUCCACGGGCACUGACACUCCAGAUUUCUACUUUAUGCCAUCGCAACGGAAAUAUUCGGGUGAAGUUGUACGGGUUUAUGUAGACUAUAAUAAGAAUCCGCAAAAUUAAGAGCCAACAAAAAUUAAAUCAAGGGGGAGGUGAGUUUAAAACGAGUAUAUUCAAUUGAAACGAACGAAAAAUUCGAGCGUAAAAUGUAUUAAUUAUAUAAAUAAAUGUUUUAUGUUUUAUUCUUUUUUUUCUAAUUAUGUGCUUAGUUUUAUUUUACAAACAAAUUUAGUCAUUGUUUUAUCAAUAUGUACUCAUUUUAUGUUUUUUUUUUUAUUUUAGUUAUAUAUUAUAUCGAUGAUGAUGUUUUAAGUGUAAACAAAAUAUGUACAUUUUUUUAUAAUGUCAGUUUUUUGAAUAUUUCUGUAAAAAAGGAGCACACAAAAACAUGUAAUACAGCUUUUUCGAUUUUCAAGGUUUUUGAUCGGGAUUUACACAAAUGCUCUUUAAUACUGUUUACAUGCAACAGCAUCUUAUACCGCCUUAGAAUCGAAUCAUAAAAAUUCUAUUCUCAGAUUUCUCACAUUAAAACUGAGAAAUUUAGUUUGAAAUAUUUAUUAACUGGUCAAUUAAAACAAAAACAUGGAACAGAAUAUUACAUUUCUUUUGACACUGCUUGACAGUCCUUCACGCUAACACACGAACUGACAAUUUAUUGGUACUUGACAGUUUUAAGGAUUUGUUGUGGGAAAUUCUUCAUCAUCACCAGAACACAUUUUGCAAAACUUGAAUGUUUGACCAUAUGGUAAAUUCGUUCGUCGUAUGUGUCUGUGUGUCAGCCCUUCCCAAGUCUGACAUUUCAAAAUAAAAAAUUACUUUGUUGAGAUUGAUAGAUUACAAAAAGGUUAUCGUGAUUAGUGAUCAAUGAACUUUUCCAUUGGAAAAAAUAAAACAAUUUAUUUUCAAAUUUCAAUCUAUAGAAAUACCUUCUCAUUUUCUAUUUUGUGUUCCAUCAUGCAAAAUUAAUUAAUUUAUUUUCGAUUUCAAAUCGCAGUUUGACAGCAUUUUAAUAUGAUUUGUGGUUUGCUUCGAAUUUGGGAUAACAUUUUGUAAUUAAUUUUUACUGUUGAUAAAUUAAGUUCAUGUCAAACUAUUAAAGAACAUCAUGUGAAGUUUGAUAACAAAUUUGACAAAUACAACGACACUAGUUCAACUGACAAUAAAGAUCAAUUGUAACAAAAAAAUCAAUUUUUAAUCGUGUUCCAUACGUCACAGAAACAAAUCAAGUUGUUGUUUAUUAAAAUCCAUAGUAACCUAAACUGUAAUAUAAACUGUAAUUAAUUGCUUUUAGAAAAAUAUUUAAAUAAAAUUAAAAAAAAAAAAAAAACAAUCAUUUUGAUAUACGAAGUGUCAAACAUUCUCUCUUUUUUAAUAUUUCGCAUUAAAAUAAAUGUCAUGAAAUGAAAAUCUAUACUUACAAAAAAUAUUCUGUUUACUGAAACAAACUUUUUUGUUAAUAAUUAAAAGUUCAAGCGGACAAAAUUAAAUUUCUUAUAAUUUUAAAUCAUUAAGUAUAUAAUAUAAAUGCAGAUAUAUUUGUAAGUUAUAUGUACAUGUUUUUUUUUCACAGCAAACAACCAAUCCAAUAGAUAUUUUUCAUUACUAUAGACAUAAAACAGAAACAUAAAAAAAAUAAACAAUAAAUAGUUUUAAAAUAUUUACAACCAUCCAUGUACCAAUAGAGAGAAACAAAAGAAAAAAAAACAUAGAAUUAAGUUAAGCUUAUAAUUAUUAUUAUUAUGAUAAUUGUUUUCUAUUCAUUUUAUAAUAUAUACACAAAAAAAUGUAAAACCAACAUAUAUACAUAAAUAUAAAGUGUCCUUUAACGGUGGCAUAAAAUAAAGUUUUUUUUUACAUAAUUAGUUUUUGUUUACAACAAUUUCUUAGCUAUAAUUAUUAACUAUAAGACGAAUGGCUUUAUCUACAAAACAAAAUAAAUACAAAAAAAAAACAUACAGUACCUCCCUUAGUUACAAUAAUAAUAAUAAUAAUUGUGUAAAUACAAUUUGUUUUUUUAAUAAAAUAAAAUAAA